GGCAAGCAGGAGGCACGCACCACCAGCUGAUCCCACGCUUCGUUUUCUGUGGUGCAGUCACCGUGAGUGGAGUAAAUAACAGGCGAGUCUGUACGGCCAGGGUCAUGGCCAGGACGGCUGUGCUGGCGCUGUUCCCCGUGGUGAUGGCGGCUGUGUGCUGCGCAACCACCACCACCACCACCACCACCACCGUCACCACCACAGCACCCAUCACCACCACUUCGUCAGCCCCUUCCACCACCACCAGCACCAUCACCAGCACCGCAGCUUCCACCACUACUACUACUGACGUGCCCUCCUCCACUACUACCACUACCACCACCUCCACCACCACCAUCGCCUCCACUGCCCCUGAUGUCAUGGUGUUGGAGGAGAAGGAAGGCGUGAUCGCGGCCACCAGCAAUGAUGUCACGCAGGAAGCGCCGCACAAGGAUAUCACACAGACGCCGGCAUUCCCCGCCAAGCCCGGCCGGUGCCCCAAGCGAAUGAUGGACGCCUCGCUGUGUCCCGAGGGGCUGCAGGACCAGUGUGCCAGUGACGCAGACUGCUCGGGCAACGCUAAGUGCUGCUCCACGGGGUGUGCCAAAGUGUGCAUCCGUCCCGUCAAGUCUGUGUGUGAGAUCAAGCGGGACAACACGUACAGAAGAGCUCGCGACCUGGGCCUCGAUGUCAACACGCUGCCGCACAUUGACUGUGACAACGACGGAGGCUUCGCGCCCAUCCAGUGCGAGGGCGACCGCUGCUUCUGUGUGGACCAGCGGACAGGCCUCGAGAAGCCAGGCACCCGAGCUCGUACCCUGGAACUUGUCAAUUGCUCAGAGCCCCGUCCCUGUGCCGCCUACCAGUGUCGGAUGCUGUGCCCUUACGAGUUUGAACUGGACGAGGAGGGGUGCCCAUUGUGCGAAUGUCACGACCCCUGCCGCCACGUGACCUGCCCCGGGGAUACGGCCUGCACCCUGGAGGAAGAGCCCUGUGACCUUGAGCCCUGCCCGCCCCUGCCCUCCUGUAAGAAGCCCCGCAGCCUGUCCAGCCUGUGCGCCAUGGGGGAGCCGCUCAUGAUGGGAGAGGACCAGCAGCGCCCCUUCCUGUGUGGCAGCAACCCAGGCACGCCCAGCUGCCCGCCGCUCUACAAGUGUGACGUCUCGCCAGGACGUGACUACGGCGUGUGUUGUGCGGCUGUGGAUGAGCUGAAGAAGCCAGGCCAGUGUCCGGUGGAGGGCGGCGGCGGAGUAGUGGGCGUGGGAGGCGAGGAGGAGGAGAUGAGGUGCGGGGCCUCCUGCCUGCAUGACCUCCAGUGUCCAUCCACUCAGAAGUGUUGCAUCUCCGACAUUUGUGGCCAGCAUUGUGUCCAGCCGGCUAACCUGACAGCGUGUCUGCAGCAGAAGAUGAUCGCGGAGCUGCUGGUGGUGACGGAGCGGCGAGGCAAAGGUUAUGUGCCGCAGUGUCGGGAGGAAGACGGACUAUACGUGGCCCGCCAGUGCUCCAGGAACGGCCUCAUCUGCUGGUGUGUGGAUCCGCAGGGUAACAAGGUGCCCAGGUCCCUCGGCGCCGCCCACGAGGUCAACUGUGACAAUGAGACGCGCGUGGAGGCGCGGCGGGCGUGCGAGGGUGAGCUGCUGUGUACCGCCUCCUGUGAGUACGGGUACCAGCUGGACGCGUCUGGCUGCCCCACCUGCACCUGUGACGACCCCUGCGAGGAGCUCACCUGCCCCGAGGCAUCCACCUGCGUCAUGCGGACCGACCCGGGCUGCGAGGGACCCCAGUGCUCCGCCGUCCCCAUGUGUUUAUCCAACGAUUCGGACGAGCUCCUUCACCCGUCCACCACCACCACAAUCUCCACCACCACCACCACGACCGCCGCGCCCUCGUCUACACCCCCGCCAGCGUGUCCCAACGGCCUGACGCCCCUGUCUGUCGGGGACGUGGUGGCGGUGUGCGGCCCGGAUUCGCCCUGCCCUAGCGACCACAUGUGCACGCCUCCGGCAGACCAAAACGCUCAGCCCGCUUGCUGCCCUGUUGUGUCCAUUAUUGAGGCGACCAAACCCGGCCAGUGUCCCUUCGUGAGAUCAGCGAGCGCCGAACUGUGCGGGGGUGAGCGCUGCGCCUCGGACUCUGAAUGUGGAGAGGACCUGAAGUGCUGCGUGGUGCCUGGCUGCGGCCCCUCCUGUGUGCCGCCUCAAAACCUGCCCCUGGAACACGGUCUCCUGCAGGGACCCACUAUGUGUGAGUACCUGCGUGACCUGGUGGAGCUGGAGGGCGUGACGCUGGCCGUGCCCACCCCGGCGUGUGACGAGAACGGCGCCUAUCUCCCCGUGCAGUGCAACCCGCUGGGCCAGUGUUGGUGUGUGGACGAUUUCGGCACACAAGUUCCCGGCACUAAAGCCUCGUCGCGGGAGCUGGUGGUGUGCGACAGACAGCGAGUGGAGAGCGGCUGCGGGGAAAUGCUGUGCCGCCUUGGGUGUGACUACGGCUUCGUGCUCGACCCUGUCACCGCCUGCCCGCUCUGCCAGUGUCGAGACCCCUGCCAGGAGGUUAAGUGCGCCGCCAGCCACGUGUGUCAGAUGGUGGACAUCCCCUGCGUGGAUGGCGUGUGUCCUGCCGUGCCCCAGUGCGUGCCCGUGCUUGAGGCGUGGUCCGCGCCCUCCUGCCCUCUGGGAGACCCUUACACCCUACCCGAGACCAACGCCACCCUCGCCUGCAGUCCCCGCGCCCGCGCUCUCGAGUGUCCCCAGGGAUACUCCUGCCUCGCCGAGGACUCAGGAGUGGAGGGCGUGUGUUGUCCCAGCCCCGGCGCGAGUAAGAAGGCCGGCCAGUGUCCUUUCCUGGUGCCAGUUCUGAGCGGCUCGUGCGACCUGGAGUGUUCUGAUGACUCGCACUGCCUCGGAGACCACAAGUGUUGCAGCAAUGGGUGUGGAACGCAGUGCCUGCCGCCUAUCAUCAUGACUGCGUGUGAGCACCAGAGAACACUACUGGAGCACCGCGCCAGAGAGGCAGGCAUUCCCGCUGGCCGUGUGUAUCUCCCAGAGUGCGAUGCUGCCGGUGCCUUCCUCUCCACGCAAUGCCACCCCGCCACGCUGACCUGCUGGUGCGUGGAUACUCAGGGGCAGGAGGUUCCCGGCACACGCGUCAGCCAACCCUCGCAGCCAGACUGUCAGGCCCCACUGGUGUGCCCUGCCAUGAACUGUGACCUGGCUUGCCUGCACGGAUACAGCCUGGAUGACGCAGGCUGCCCCACCUGCGCCUGCCGCGACCCCUGUGAGGAGGUGACCUGCGCAGCGCCCCAGGAGGAGUGUCGCAUUGUGCAUGUCGCCUGUGUGGAUGAGCCAUGCCCCCCGCCCGUGUGUCUGCCACGCCUAGAGAACCCCUGCCCCUAUGGUUCACCACUGAGGAUCAAUGGCAGUGAGGUGGAGUGUGGGCCGGAGGGCAGCACAUGUCCCUCCAGCCACAAGUGUCACCUCUCGCCCCUCGGGGAAUAUGCCCUCUGCUGCCCCAAGCCACGGGAGGUUUGCUACGACCAGCGGGAUUCUGGGUAUUGUGAGGGUGCCAUCAAGAGGUGGUACUUCAACCCAGAGCAGAACAGAUGCCAGACUUUCCGGUAUGGCGGGUGCGGAGGGAACCUCAACAACUUUGAGAGUGAGGAGGAGUGCCUGGCCACCUGCCCCUCACUCAGUUCCUGUGAGAGGAUGAGGGAGAAGAACAUUCGCCAUGCUGAGAAGGGAAAGAAGGUCACCUUCAUCCCCAAGUGUGACCGGUCGAGUGGCGCCUGGCUGGCUGAGCAGUGCCUGGAGGAGUUGGGUGUGUGCUGGUGUGUCACGCCUCAUGGGGACCAGGUGCCAGGCUCCCUCACUCGUGGCGCCCCACAGUGCCAAGGAAGUGCCAGGGCCGCAAGGAGGAUGAGUUUUGAUCCUGCCACCCCAACUAAUAUGAUCUGCGAGCCUGGCCAGACAGUGCACGUGUGUGAUAAGCAGCUGUGCGAGGGGCAGGUCUGCUUCUCACACCCCCAUGCCAUCUGCCGUGUCAACCCCUGUGGCGGCUGUUCCGUGCAGUUUGUGGACGACUUCAACUCCCCCGUGAACUGCGAGGUGGGGCUCAGCGAGUGUCAGAGGGAACUGCAGCGUGUCCUCAACUCUCCUGCCUUCACACGACCUUCCUCCUCCCUGCCAACUGGCCACACCUUCCCUGCCUCUCGCUCCACACAAGUUCACUAUGACGUAGAUCUCUUCAGAAAUGUGGAUGUGUACCACUCACAGCCCAUCGAGGAGGAGGUAGCAUCCUCCUCUUCCUCUUCCUCCUCCUCAUCCAUUAGCCUCCGCAAGGCUCGCAAGCUGGAGGUGGAGACUCCUGGGGUGCUGACAGUGUCUGGGGAUGUGGUGGAGGAGGCUAAGGAACACCACAGGGAGACUCGCAACACUGACCAUCAGGUAUUGCAGAGCUCUCCUUUGGUGGAAGCAACACUGGUGGACCCUGAGGACCUCACAGGACACCUGACGGAGCAUACAGCUGCUGCUCACCUGCCCUUCCCUGGCCAGUACCCACCACGCCUCACCCUUGAUGACACAUUUGAGGCUGUCCCCACUGAAGAGACACCAGCAUCUGCUCAGGGCAUGGCAGUGCAGCCUCCAGCAUGUGAGAGUGAUGGUUCGUAUGCCCGGGAGCAGCAUGCCGGCGGCCUGUCCUGGUGUGUGGAUGCCAGGGGCCGCCCCGUGCAUGAGACUCUCACUCGAGGCCACGUCCGCUGCGGCAAUAAUGGUCAGCUUCUGGAGCAGGUGUCAGUAGGGCUGGUGUGUCCUCACGGUGUGCGGCCGCGCAUCUGUCGCUCUGAGUGUCUUCAUGCCUCCUGCCAGGCUCACCCAGAUGCCGUGUGUGUGGCUGACCCUUGCAAUGACUGUCGUGUGACCUUCUACAGCAGCCCCAGCGGAGAGAAGGUUCACUGUGAGGACCGGUGCUCCCAGCCGCUGGCCAAGGGCAUGUGCCGUGCCUCAUUCAAGCGUUACUUUUACAACACGUCCUCCCAGACCUGUGAGGAGUUCAUCUUUGGCGGCUGCCUGGGCAAUGACAACAACUUUGGCACCCUGGAGGAGUGCCACCAGGAGUGCCAGAGUCCAGAUAUAUGCAGCCAGCCAGUGCGGGCCGGUGUGUGCUCUGGGGGCGAGGCGCGCUGGUACUACAACACAGAGACCCGCAAGUGUGAGCCAUUCCUCUACAGUGGCUGUGGCGGCAACGGCAACAACUUCAGGAGCAAGAGUCAGUGUGAGGCACGCUGCCCUGACCUGGUGCUGUGUCCCUACUGGUCAGCCGCCAGCAUGGAGCCUGUGCCGUGUUCCCGGUCCAGGGCCUGCCACAACCAGAGCUGCCACGGCCACCCAGACGCUGUGUGCCGUGCUGACCCCUGCACCUGCUCUGCCACCUUUGUUGAUGAGCAGGAGCAGCCACUCGCCUGCCUCACCCCCACUGAGCCACCCAAGACUCGCCUCACCUUCACUUUUGAGGAGGACUCCAGCACCAGCAAGGACCAGCAGAGACAAGAGGUCAUUGUGGGCCGGGAGGGGGAGACAGUGGAUGCUCAGGACCCCCAUGGCACCGGGCCCGUCACCAUCUACCUGGAGGGUGAGCCGACCCUCACACGCUGCCAACUCCUGCAGCAGCACCUUCAGGAGAGCAACUCAUUGAAGUAUGUGGCUCAGUGUGAUGAGGAGGGCCGCUUCAUCCCCACCCAGUGCUACACACCGGGGGUCACCAUGGAUGGCCUGCUGGAGGAGCCCAAGUGCUGGUGUGUGGAUGAGACAGGGCACAAGACUCAGCCCACCGCCUACUUCACCAGGGGAGAGCGGCAGUGUGACCCAGUAGCCGUGGAGUCUGUGGUGGUGACGCUUGGUUUCCGGGGACGAGAUGCUGGCAUGAAGCACUUGGGCAAGGUGAAGGGCAAGGAAAUCAAGGACCAGGUGAACACGCUGCUCAAACAGAUGACUGCCGAGACAUUGGAGAAUGAUGUGGGUGUGGUUGACCUGCCUGACCUCACACAGGUCAAGUUCACUCUCUUGGGCAAGAACAAAAUAGAUGUUGCAUAUCAGCUGGAGGAGAAGGUCAAAAAGGGAGAGUUGGCCCUUGAGUUGAAUGAGGAACGUCUGCCGGCUGACCUCCGCUCAUCAUGGUUCCACCACCAAGUGUCUGAGCCGCGGUGGAGGUUCGCCCCAUCAAUGCAGGGCCGGGCGGGGGAGGUGGUGAGUGCAGCGGUGACCCUGGAGCCACCCUAUCUGGCCGCCACAGUGGUCCUCACCGUGGUUUCGGCCAUGCUGAUGUGUGGCCUGGUGGUGGCUGCUGUGCUCUACCGCAGACACAAGACCGGACACUACCCAAAGGAUCCCCGUGGCUCCAUGCAGUCCCUGGCAUUCAGUGAGGCAUCCCUGGACCGCCGCAGCGCUUCCCGGCUCUCCCAGCAGUUCCAGCCGCCGCCACCACCACGCAGACCCACUGUCACCACAGUAGAGAAUGAGUACCGCAAUGGCCGUCACUAAGGCAGCGGGAGGCCAGGAGUGGCCUGGAGUCUCCGCACAGCACAGGAGGCGGCUCAAGUCUGUGUCUGGGGAUGAGUUGACACUCCACACUGGGGAGGGGAAGGGAAUGGAAAGCUGCUGGAUUUAGUUGUUAGGAAAGUACUAUUCUAUCAUGUUGUUUGUAGCUUAGUUAUUUAAUUGAAGUAAUGGUACCAUGAUUACACUGUGUUUGGAGUGGUGCAGUGGUCUAUGCCUGUAGUGGUGGAGAGGGGAGGUGGUAGAGGCACUGCAGGCCAGCACAGGGAGGGGCAAGUGAUGCUGCAUUUAUCGUCUUCAUCAUUCAUUUCUAGACUCUGAGGUGAACUGUUUAGUCAUUCCAGUUUCCAGUCUUUCUGUAACAUACACCAAGACAAUAUAUUAUUAUCCAUUCUCUCUGUAAGCAAACACAGCACUGAAACAAAGAUUGAUGUCCUUCAAUGAAUUAUUCUCAUUGGAAACAUAUGUAUUUGUAAUUAUAACAUAAGAUAAGUGGAAUUUCAUUUGGAGUUUUGUAUCAGUAGCACAAUAUUUUUUUCUGAAUUGAGGAUGACUAUUUGUCAUUUGUGAUAGUAUUAAUUAGUGCUCUCUGUGGCAGGUGUUAAUCAUCCCAGGAAAAUGUGUUGCAGGACAUUGACAGCAGCAGUGUGUCUUGUUUUGCCUCAAUGUAUAGAGAAAUUAAUUACGUAACUUGCAGGAUGAGAGUCAGGCAGACCACACUGGGGUGGGCCAGCAGGACAAGUCAAGCCAGGGACAGAGGAAGCACCUAUAAACUGGUUCUCCAAUACUUGCUUUAGCAGGAAAUGAACUUGAUUUUAGUCCAGUAUGCAGCCUGAACUAGCUCUUGUAGGCCAGGUGUCCGCAGCAAGACAAGGUCUGUGCACUGUGUCGCUGCACCACCACAGCAACACAACUAAAGAGAGUUUCAAGUUCAUACAUUCAACAAGACACAGGCUGAGAGAUAAGAACAAGAUAAACAGAGGAAUACUGAAAGCCCCUCUGACUACUGCUUUUCAAGGAAAGAAAUGUGUCAUCAGUGAAUCAAUUCUGAGUCUCUUAAGUCAUCCGUGAGGGCGAGGCACUUAAUGCUGAGCCUGCACUGUGUGUGCUGUGAGGUGCUGCUACAAGGAGGCAGCAGCAGUGCCACAGUGAUGUAAAGUGAACAUGUUUUUUCAAGGUUUUUGUGGCAUUUUUACAUGCUUGCUUACCAAUAUUGUAUGUGUAGAUUAGGUAUUUUUCUAGCCAUUUUUAAACAUAGCCACCUUUGUACGAGGUUCAAUUCUAUAUUGUACUGUAUGUUUUCACUAGGUAUGAUAUAUAUAUAAUAAUAUACUGAUAUAAUUAUCAUAAUAGAUGAAUAAUAGUGUUUUAGCAAUAAUAAUGCCUGUAUAAUAAAAGCACAAACUACUAUUCAUGUUCUAUGCACCGAACAUAAUUUGAAGUGGCCAUUCAUCUCCUUCUCUACUGUGUGUGUGUGGCUAAGCCCUCACUGGUUCACUCAGUCAGGCUCUCUCUCUCUCUCUCUCUCUCUCUCUCUCUCUCUCUCUCUCUCUCUCUCUCUCUCUCUCUCUCUCUCUCUCUCUC